AUGUCAACUGACCCCAGUGUUGUCCCUAGCUCCACAAGCUCCCCGUCAUUGAUCUCAGUGCCCGACACCCCGACCGAUCCAAGCUCCGGCCCGUUCACCCACUCUACCACGCCGCCCUCCGAAGCUCCACUGCGGAACCCGCCCCAAAUUAAAGAGGCACAAGCUAAACAGUCCACUACGAUGGCGGAUCCCAACGCCAACAGUAAUGCUGGAUUGGACACCAAACAUGAGGUAGAGCCUUCCAUCGACAAUAAUGGAGCCAAGACAGAGGCAAAGCCAUCUGUGUCUGUAACGGAAAAUGCUACCGUCAAAAUCGCAUGCAAAAAACAUUCAGGGAAAGAGUCGGACGCCGCCGGCCGAAAACGUGAUUCCAAGAAAAAGAGCCAUAAAUCGAUCUCAACGCCGGACGAGAAUACGACCUCGGAGUCAACUUCAUCCUCUGGCAGCUGUAGCGUCAGCGAUUCUGGCUCGGGGGAUGACGAGACGUCGUCCAGCUCAUGCGAAUCAGAGACAUCUCGAAAGAACCGAAGAAACCGGUCAAAGAACAAAGCCAAGAAGGUCCUUAAGGGUAACCGGAAGAGGAAGUCACGAUCCCACCAGCACGUAGCUUCGGAUACAGACACUACCAGCGAUGAUAUUGACGAAGAUGACGACCCCCUGGAUGAGAAAACGCUGAGAAGGCUUUUGACUAGGCUCCAGGCGAAGAGGUCGGCAAAGAAGCUUCGAUCCAAGGGAGAUUCCUCCGAGGAUCAACCGGAAGAGGAUGUUGAUGCCAAUUCGGAGGAACUGGCUUUGCUACUGGCAAAAGAAAUGGCGGCUCUGAGUCUCAAGAUUGGCGACGGACGCAAACUAGGUGAUGGACGCUGGGGCAGAGCUCGCGGAAAGAGACACGCGGCCGACGGCCUGGCAGAUGGUCACAAGGGCAACCUGCAGAGGUCUAAGCACAAAUUGAAAGCUGCUUCCAAAAUGGCGUUCAAGCGGGUUGAUCAAUUGUGGGAUAAUACGAUUCAUAAUUACAAGCUCACCGAGACUGUUGAUGAUACCGGUGCGAAUGAGUGGGAUCAGUACAUUUUUACGGUUCGGCGCAAGUUUGACUGGGAGAACAAGUAUCUUGAAACUGUCGUCGAUAUCAAGAGCAAACACUUGCGGGACGCUCUGGCUAAGAUCAUGGAUGGUGUCAAGGGUGUGAGCUUGGUACAGGAGACUGCCGUUGUCGACCCAAACAUGCUCUUCCUGUAUCUCGAGGAGACUCGCGCAUACAUGAAGGAGCUGAAGCAGCAGGCCAAGAAAGAAACGAAGAAAAAGGCCAAGAAGCUGGCGGAUCUCAAAGCAGCGCAACUCAAGGUUCUCAUCAAGUAUCUGGACACCGACUAUGCAGAGACGAAAAAGACUCUGUAUCCUUUGCUGGAAGCGAACAUGAUCACCUUCGAUCUGCUGUGGGCACUAUACAAACCGAACACCAUCGCCUAUACAUCGACUUACGGCAAUCAGGACGAACCACGUGCCUUCAAGAUUGAAUACGCCACCAAGGAAUCCUCUUUCAUGAAAGGUCAAUGGUACAGCAUCGAGGGCCGCUACUUGGAGUACGACGGCAAGUCAUUCGGCAUGGGAACAAUGGCUGCUGAAGUAGAAUUCUUCAAGGGCGUUCGCAAGAUCACGAGCCUCGGAUGUUAUCCACUCAAGUACCACAGGGAGGCUGAGGAGGUCAAGGCCAAGCUGAUCGAGCGCGGCAAGAAAUUUGUGGCGCUUGGCGGUAUGAAUUACCGCUUCCACAAGGGAAUGGCCUUCUACAAGAAGAAGCGGACAGUCAUCAAAGUCAACAUCAAUGGUCGAGUAAUGAUUGACCCCGCUAUCCAUCGUCGCAUCAACCCCAACUACCCAAUCAGUACUCUGCGUCCCAAGGACCCUGAUAUUCUAGGUGCGUCAGAUGACGAUGCGAGCGAUGACGGAUGCAGAUGCGGAAUGUCUGAUUCGGAUGUCGAGCAGCAACAACACGCAAGUCGAGACUCUGAUAACCCCAAAAUCGUGUACAAGGUCGUGCAAGACAAAGACGGUAGACCUCGUGUCGUGGAAGUGGAGCUGGAUGAGAAUGGGAAUGUGAUUCAAAAAGAGAAGAUGGACGACGUGCAGGACCCCUCUGAUCGUGAGUUCACAGAAGAGGAGUUGCUCAUUGCAAGUCCGGUCGUCCUGGGCUUCGCCUUCAGUGAGAAGUUGUGGCUGGAGUUCAGCAUCUCCGGAAUCAGCGACAUCGACUGGAACGAGGACGCAUUUGACUCUCUUGUCCUUCCGGACAACCAAAAGUCGAUCGUCAAGGCCCUAGUCGAGUCACAUACCUUCCGCGCCGCUCAGAACAUCGACGAUGUCAUUCAGGGCAAGGGUAAAGGGCUUGUCGCCGUGCUACAUGGACCACCCGGCACGGGCAAGACCCUGACUGCCGAAGGUAUUGCCGAGUUGCUAAAACGGCCUCUGUACAUGGUCAGUGCCGGGGAACUCGGUACCGACUCAAGGACUUUGGAGGCGGAACUCAACAAGAUUUUGGACAUCGCCCACUCAUGGGGCGCAGUCCUGCUACUGGAUGAGGCCGAUAUUUUCCUCGAGAAGCGCACAAUCCAGGACAUCCACCGCAACGCCCUUGUGAGCAUCUUCCUCCGGCUCCUUGAAUACUUCCAAGGCAUACUCUUCUUGACCACCAACCGCGUGGAAACCUUCGAUGACGCGUUCCAAUCUCGUAUCCAUGUCGCACUGCGAUACGGAGACCUUACCACCAAGGCAAAGCGAAGCGUCUGGAAAAUGUUCCUGGAAAAAGUCCAGGCUAAAGAAGGCGUGCAGACUGCGAAAUUCACAGACAAGGACUUUGAUGCGCUGGCACGUCACAAUCUGAACGGCCGUCAGAUCAAGAACUCCGUCCGCACGGCUCAAGCGCUAGCAGUCAACGAACAGACUCCCUUGUCAAUGCAGCACAUCAAACGUGUCCUUGAGGUUGCCGAGACUUUCGACCAUGACCUUCGCGGCGGGACUGGCUACAUGGACGCCAUGCGAAGCUAUACGUAA